AUGCAGCGUGCGGGCGGCAACGUGCGGGCAGCGGGCGCAGCGUGCGGGCAGGGCGCGCGGCGAGCUCAGGCAGCGCGAGCAGGGCGCGAGCAGGGCAGCGUGCGGGUCGCGCGCUGGGCAGCAAGCGGGCAGCACGUAGGGCAGGGCAGAGCGCGUGGGGUAGCGCAGGCAGGGCAGCGUGAGGGACGCUGUUCAGGCAGGGCAGCGACAAGCAACAAGAAGCGGAAGAACGACGGCGACCCGGGUUCCAGCACGGGUGCUGCUAAGAAGAAGAAGAAGAAGACGCCGAACAAGGACGACAUCGUGGUCAACGAGGCGCUCGGCAGCGACGAUGACUACGCGGAGGCUGCAGGCCCGAUUCCAUCAUUCCCCGAGAAGGCGAAGCCGAAAGACCCCACCCUCCGGAACCUGCGGAGGCCUCCGCACCCCGUGGUGCUGCAGUGGAUUGCGGAGGCGUGGGAUCAAGUCCCCAAGCAGGUCAUCAUUGACGCGUUCCGCCACUGUGGGAUUUCAAGCAAGCUGGACGGGACAGAGAACCGCCUCGUGAUGUCUCACCUGCGCGCGAGGAGCACUACCGAUGUCUCUGAGGACAUGACCCUUGGGGGGACCACGGGCGACAACACGCGCCUGCUUGGGCAUGCUCUUGAGGAGGAGGAGGAGGAGGAGGAGGAGGAGGAGGAGGAGGAGGAGGAGGAGGAGGAGGAGGAGGAGGAGGAGGAGGAGGAGGAGGAGGAGAAGGAGUAG